UGUUUAGAUCAGUACAUGCUAUUGUUAACGUGCUGAUCAUGUUUUAUAUUCUGCCACACGAUUAUAAGAUUUACUGCUACGUUUUAGUUUAAUGACUGGCUGACAAAUUAUAACUGGCCAAUUGAAUUAAGACAAAAAAAACGGGAAUAUUCGGAUUUUUUUAACAUUGUUGAGCAGUUUUUAAUUAAUUAUCUUAGAUAUAACAACCGGACAGUCGUUUAUAGUUAUUUAACGUUUUGCAGUGUUCAAAAGGGCUUAAUUCACUUCUGCAACAAGAUCAUUGUUAAAGAAAGGAUGUCAUCGUCUGCAGAACCGUUUUCUUACAUCGAAAUGAGUCGAGUCCGCUCAGCUGACUCUGUCGUCAGCAGCGCCGAUCGUCUCCUAAAUCUGAGAGAAAUGCACCCCGAUGGUUUACAGGAGGCCGAGUGGUACUGGGCCGACAUAUCAAGGGAGGAGGUGAAUGAAAUACUCCAGGGCAUGCCGGAUGGGGCUUUCCUGGUCCGAAACGCCUCCUGCAAGCGGCACGGAGAAUAUACAUUAACUGUGAGAAACAAUGGCACCAACAAACUCAUCAGGAUCCACCAUCAAGACGGGAAAUUUGGGUUCUCGGAGCCUCUGACGUUCAGCUCGGUGCCGGAUCUGAUCUCUUUCUACAGACAUCGCAGCCUGGUGCAGUACAACAGCUCCCUGGACGUCCCGCUGGCGUACCCUGUGUCCCACUGCGACACGCUGCCCACCUUCACUGAUGUGCCUGUGAAGGAAGAGUUUCUGAGUGCGACCAGAGAGAAGCUCCAGGAGUGUUUGAGACUGUUUCAGAAGACGGCCGAGUACGAGCGGCUCUAUGAGGCUUGCACCACACUGUUACAGGAAAUCCAAAGGAGGAAUGCAUCUGAGGCCGUCAGUUUCUCUGAAGAACAGCGUUAUUCUCCAGAGAACUCAUGCAAGGAUUUCCAAGACACAGACCAGAGUGAGCUGAAAGAGGCUGAAUGUGAGGUGAAAGAGGAGGAGGAGGAGAAGAAGAGUGUGGUGCUCCUGGAGGAGGAGAGCUGGUUUGUGGGAGAUCUCUGUCGACGUCAGGCAGAGGACCUUCUCCGGGGAAAACCGUCUGGAGCUUUCCUCAUCCGCAACAGCAGCUCCAAGGACUGUUACGCCUGCUCCGUGGUGGUUGGCAGUCAGGUGAGGCACUGCGUGAUUCGUCACACGGAGCGCGGCUUCGGGUUCGUCGAGCCGUUCGACCUCCACAAGUCUCUGAAGGAUCUGGUCAUGCACUACCAUCACACCUCACUGGCGCAGCACAACCAGGCUCUGGACGUCCGGCUGGUGUAUCCGGUCCACAUGUCCAGCUGAAUCCACCGGCCGGAGAUGACCUGCACUAAGACUGAAGAGAUCUCGUCAUAGUUUGGCGCGUCUCUUGAUUUUACCGUUUGAACAAUGUGCAAAGAUCGGAAGCGACUCUCAAGCUGUUUGCUUGUGUAUUGCACUUCCCAAAGCAUUCCUCACGCUCGUAAUGAUACUCCAGUACUUGAACAAGUGUUUAAUGAGCCUUUUCUAGACACGUCAGAAUGUGUUUUUAAGGGGUUUGUAAUACUGUCAUGCUCUUUUAAGCAAACAGGUGCAGUAGUGGUUUUUGUUGGGAUGAUUAUGAAUGAUUAUAAUCUUUUUAUUACAAUUCAUUCAUCACCGGAAACAUUUUAAAAAUGUAUUUUUUUUUCGAAUGUAACAUCAAACUUUCAAAUCUUGCUUUAUAACUAAAACCAGAUGCCU